UACACAAAAUUGGUAGUUCCAUGGAGUCCACCAUGGAUUCCAAGAGAAGCCAAAGCUCCCGCGGUGAAGAAGAAGAAUUAAUCUCAACCCUUCACAAACGACAAGGUUUGAAUUCAUUCAAUUUGAAUCUCGUUAAGUACCAAGGCUUUUGGUACGCGGACAUGUCGUUGGUGGCCACAACCAUCUCAGCUCAACGACACUUCCAAGCUCAACGUUCCGAUAUUUUCGUUUGCACCGCUCCGAAGACUGGCACAACUUGGCUGAAGGCACUCGCUUUCGCCAUUGUCUCGAGAACAGCCGUCGACGGUGAUUCCACCGCCGACCCUUUCGUUUCCAAGUCGCCGCAUGAAUGUCUUCCCGCCUUGGAGUAUGCUGAAACUUUCGCCCCUUUCCAUCGAGAUCCUCGGAACCCUCUAAUAGCCACCCAUGUCCCCUUCUCUUCAUUACCGAAAUCUGCAUCAGAUUCCUCCGGUUGUAAAAUUGUUUACAUUUGCAGGGACCCCAAAGACACCUUCGUUUCCAUGUACCACUUCUUUGCCAAACUGGCGGCGUCGAGGAACAUGGAACCGGUCCCUCUCAAUAAAGCUUUCGAGUUUUUCUGCGAAGGAGCAUCAAGUUUCGGACCGUAUUGGGACCAUGUUUUAGGGUAUUGGAAAGCAAGUUUGUAUCAACCAGACAGAAUCCUGUUCUUGAAAUACGAAGACAUGAAGGAAAACACAGCUUUCCACGUCAGGAAAUUGGCCGAAUUUAUUGGAUACGGAUUCACGUUGGAAGAAGAAGGAAACAGGGUGGUGGAAAAGAUUGUAAGAAUGUGCAGUUUCGAUCAUCUAAGUAACCUCGAAGUGAAUAAGAAUGGAAAGAUUGCAGAGAACACGCCAUGGGAAAUGGAAAAUAAACUGUAUUUUCGUAAAGGAACCGUGAAUGAUUGGGAAAAUCAUUUGACACCAGAGAUGGCGGCUCAUAUGGAUUUGAUAACCGAGAAGAAGCUCAGUGGUUCGGGUUUAAAUUUGAUCUAUGGUAAAAAAUAAUUACAUUCAUCUCUCGUUUAAAUACUCAGAGAUCAUUUGAAUAAUCUCUCCCUCCAUACCUAUCUCCAGUUCCCCGGGACUGGUAUUCUCUAAACUCUCAUCUAUACCAUGUAAUGCUUGAGUUUGGAUUGGCAUUCAAACAUUCCAAACACAUUUUGCUAU